UCGGUAUAGAUUUAAUAGUUGCCGGCGGAUGCUUGCGACGAUAGAUAAAAGUUGUCGUGUUUUCGUUCGCUGAUUUUAUAUUAUAAAAAUUUUAUUUUACAAUAAAAAUAAUGAUAAACAUUUAUAUUUCGUAUUACGUAGUAAAUAUUCGAAAAUUUUAAUGCGAAUAUAAAUGUAAAAUGUAUAUAAGGAUCAGAACCAGUAAAGUGCAUACAAUGCAUACAAAUGCAAUAUUAAUUUCAGUAUUAUUGUCACGUCACAUCAAGGAUCAUGCAGCGAAGUAAACAUUUUCGUGAUUAUGGUGAACUCUUCAUUUACCAUUAAGAAUAUAGAAAAAGAUCUAUUUCUAUUAACUUCUCUCAUGAAAUAAAUCCGUGUACCUGAAUGGAUAAAAUUGGAUGAUCAUAAAUCAAUUACUAUGAAACGAUUGAUUAGCAUAAUGUGUAAACAUUUUAAUACGAUAAUUAUAAACAAGCAAAACACAAUGAUUUUAUAUAAUCAUUAAAUAAUCAAUAAACGACUAUUUAUUGUACAAGGAGAAACAAUAAAUAUUAUCAAAUGCAGUGCAGAAUAUACGCAAUGCUUAUCUCUUUAUUAAGAUAAUCAACUCUUUUAUUUAAUAUCAUGGUUCAGCAACGAUUUCCAAGUUUUGAUGGUGGACGAAGUGGACGCCGUUUCGUCAUAACUCUCUCAGCUGGCACAGUCAUUGGCUUUUUAACAGCGUGCCUUCUUUUCUCUUCUGCUGGAGAAAUAUCUAAUAUAUUUACACGAAUUCCUGGGAGUUCUGCUUUGAUAAGGGAUCCGCAUCAUUAUUCAGAACUCGAGCCAGAGGUAGGGCCUGAUGUAGAAGUAAAAUUUCAUAGUGAUAAUGAAGAUUUUCAUAAAGGAGAAGAUAAGGUAGCGCAAGUAUUAGCUAAGAAAGUUCGUGUUCUUUGUUGGAUUAUGACCGGCCCAAAAAAUCAUCAAAGCAAGGCUCGGCAUGUAAAAGCCACAUGGGGAAAGCGCUGUAAUAUUCUUUUAUUCAUGAGUUCUGCAGAAGAUCUAAGUUUACCCACCGUAGUACUGCCAGUAAAAGAGGGCAGAGAUAAUCUGUGGGCUAAAACCAAAGAAGCAUUUAAAUAUGCUUAUGAAAAGUACAAAGAUCAAGUAGAUUGGUUCAUGAAGGCUGACGAUGACACGUACGUUGUGGUUGAAAAUCUACGUUACAUGCUAUCGUCUUACAACCCAAGUAUGCCAUUGUAUUUUGGAUGUAGAUUUAAACCUUUUGUAAAGCAAGGAUAUAUGAGCGGAGGUGCUGGAUACGUAGUUAGCAAAGAAGGUCUUCGUAAGUUUGUAACUGAAGGUCUUCCUGACAAAACCAAGUGUCGUGCUGAUAAUGGUGGUGCAGAGGAUGUUGAAAUGGGAAAGUGUCUAGAAAAAAUUGGUGUUCGCGCGAUGGAUACUAGAGACUCGCAUGGUCGUGGAAGGUUCUUUCCAUUUGUGCCAGAGCAUCAUUUGAUACCUAAUCAUGUGGAUAAAAAUUUUUGGUACUGGAAAUACAUCUAUUAUGACACCAAAGAUGGACUCGAUUGUUGUUCUGAUAGUGCGAUAUCAUUUCAUUAUGUUUCGCCGAAUAUGAUGUAUGUUCUUGAAUAUUUAAUAUAUCACUUAAGACCAUAUGGCAUUAACCAUGGCUUGAAGAAUCCUUUGCCAGAGAUGCCAUCUACGUUGACCGAAUACUAGUCUAUAUUUUGUCAAAAUUAGAAUGUAUAGAAAAAGAAAUAUAUACAUAUAUAUAUAUAUAUAUGUAUGUAUAUAUAUAUAACAUGUUUCUUUUUCCCAUGUGCAUUGCUAGUCUGUUCCAAUCAUCAAUUUGAACAAGUUGAUAGCAUGAAUAGUAUAGAAUAUUAUAUAGAAUAUAAAAACAUGUGAUAAAUUAUACUUCGUCAUAUUAACACGUUUAUACGAAUGUAAUUUCAAUAUCAGGAAAUUGUAGUCCUAUUAAAAUUUAUAGUUGUACAAGAUGCAAUGACGUGUUGCUCUUUACUACGUUAAAUGAAUAAAAUUCACAUAUAUCUCUUUCUAUUUUGGUUGGUUCUAUUUUGUUUUUAUUAGCCAUUGUAAAUUGUUAAAUACGUAUACGUUGUUGCAUCACGUAUAACCAUAUAAGAGAAGGCUGCAAACACAAUGAAUAGAAAUAGAGAUGAGGCUAUUAACCAAAUAAAAAGGGAAAUAUGCUUUGUAUGAAAGUAUUACUAGUAAGCACGCUUUAGGAGACUAGACUAUAGAGCAAUUAAGAGAUUGGUGAUCUCAACAAAGUAUCAUAAAAACUUUCUAUAAAAGCACAACUUAAUAGAUUAGUGCCACAAUACACCAUUGCUGUGAAUGCUUGCUUGUUGCUAGUCGCACUACUGUGCUUCAUGUUCUAGUCUCAUUGUUAACCUCAUCACUAUCAAUUUUAUUAUGUUUGCUGCCUUGGAUUAUGUCCAAUGUGCAAAUAAACAACGUGUACACAUAUAUCCACACAAUAUCAUGCUAAAAUAACAAAGUAAAUAUACAAAAAUCAUUUAAGAAUUGAAAAUUACUAUUUGCAUAUGUGCAGCUUACGCUGGUGAUAGGAAAAUAAAAUAAAUUUAUUAUAGGCUCCAACUCAGGUCACUCUAAAUUAAAAAAAUAUUAUAAUUUUUGAUUUAUAAUUUUUGAUUGACAGGAAGAAUCGCAUGUACAGGAUACACACGUACAUUUUGGUUGUUUAUACAUUGAACAUAGUAUAAGAAUGAGGAUAGGUAUAUAUUGCAAGCAUAGCAGAAAUUUGCUAAUCCUUCAGUCCAAAAUUUUAUUCAAGUUGGUACACUCUUAGGGAUCAUUUUAAGCGUACCAUAUUGUUACAUAACAUGGUAACAUAUUGUAAUUAUUAUCUAACGUAUGAACUGAAAGAUGAUGUAUACCUAAUGUGAAUAUACAUGCCGUAAAGAAAUAAAA